UGGUGCCAGUUAUUAGUUGCAUCUCAAAGCUGAGCGCUUCUCAUUACUGCCAAGCUGAAAGAGGAGCAGUGAAACUGUACAGGAUGAGAAUUUCAGCACUCUGGAUAGGGGUAAUCUGGCUCCUGAUACAAGGCACAGCACAAGCCUGCACAGUCAAGAAACUGGGCAAUAACACGGGACGCUUUGCCAACGCCACCUUAGUACAUCUCUCUGAGUACCUGAGCGCUGGGUACAAAAAAGGGGUGCGACCCGUGCGUAACUGGCGGAAUUGCACAAUGGUGGCCAUCGACCUUAUGGUGUACUCCAUCCUCAGUGUGGACGAGAAGAACCAAGUUCUGACAACAUAUGUAUGGUACAGGCAGGAAUGGACAGAUGAGUUCUUGGUCUGGAACCCGAAGGACUUUGAUGAUGUGAAUCAAACGUCCAUACCCACCGCCAAUGUGUGGGUGCCUGACAUACUAAUCAAUGAGUUUGUAGAUGUGGGAAAGUCACCAGACAUCCCCUAUGUGUAUGUGACCCAUUAUGGACUGGUGCGCAACUAUAAGCCCAUCCAGGUGGUAACUGCUUGCACUCUCAACAUCUACAACUUCCCCUUCGAUGUCCAGAACUGCAGCCUGACCUUCCAGAGCUGGCUGCACACCCUUAAUGACAUUGACCUCAAGCUGAUAAGGAGCGCAGAUGAAGUCAAAGUGGAUAAGAGUGUUUUCAUGAACCAGGGGGAGUGGGAGCUUCUUCAUGUCCUGUCUAAAUACAAACGCUUCAGUCUGGACAACAUUGACUCUUAUGCCGAGAUGAAGUUCAAUGUGGUGAUCCGUCGCAGACCUCUGUUCUACACCGUGAACCUGCUGUUGCCCAGCAUCUUCCUGAUGGUGAUGGACCUGGUGGGUUUCUACCUCCCCCCGGACAGCGGAGAGAGAGUGUCCUUCAAGAUCACCCUGCUCCUGGGCUACUCAGUCUUCCUCAUCAUCGUCUCUGACACGCUGCCUGCCACUGCCAUCGGCACGCCUCUCAUUGGUGAGAUGCAGCUGGCUGUCAAACGGGAAUGGGGCGUGCCCGUCUUCUCAGACUACGGUACACCUUCUGGUGUGCUGGGGUAACAUGGGUCUCUCCCCCUGUCUCCAGGCGUAUACUUUGUAGUGUGCAUGGCUCUGCUGGUGAUCAGCCUGACGGAGACGGUGCUGAUAGUGCGCCUGGUGCAUAAGCAGGACCUGCAGAGCCAUGUGCCCCAGUGGCUCAGACACCUGGUCCUGGAGCGGGCCACUGUCCUCCUCUGCAUUCGCAACAAGCACAGCCUGUGCUCCGUGCUGUCCAGGGACUCCGACCACCCGGGCCAAUACAAAGAGAAUAACUUCAGCCCAGCAGGGCAAUGCCCUCACCACCCCCACCACCACCACCACCACCACCUUCACCACACCUAUGAGAACAGCUGUGGCGGCGCAGACAGCAUGGAGAGGGGUCUGGGAGGCCUGGUUGGCCUGCCGGUGGUGCGCGACAACAUCCCGCCUGUUAUGGAAAACAUCCUGCAUGAGCUCUCAUCCAUUCGCGGCUACCUGGAGAAGAAGGAUGAGAGCCGGGACAUUGCCAAGGAGUGGCUGCAGGUGGGUUACGUGCUGGAUGUGCUGCUCUUCAGGGUCUACCUGGUGGCUAUGCUGGCCUACAGCAUCACCCUUGGGACCCUCUGGUCCGUGUGGCAGUAUGCCUGAGGGCCUCACACUGGAGCAAGGCCCAAUGGUGGAGGGCCUGAUGGGCAGAUGGGGCGAGGGCCUGACGGGGCGAGGGCCUGACGGGGUGACGGCACCACCCAUUGCCAUGAGGUAAUUCAUGGAAGUGGAGAGCUGAGAGGGACGAUGGAGUGGAUGAUGAUAUAGUUUACACUCACAUUCCUUUUAGCCAGUUGUCUAUUGGAUGAUGAUAUAGUUUACACUCACAUUCCUUUUAGCCAGCUGUCUAUUGGAUGAUGAUAUAGUUUACACUCACAUUCCUUUUUAGCCAGCUGUCUAU